AUGUUAAUUAUUGACUCAAUUCAAUCGAGUCAUUCAGGAAAUUAUUCUUGUAAAAUAUCAAACAGAUUUGGUUAUGAUACUUUUACAACUGAGCUUCUUGUUGAAGGACCACCAAAUUGGAUUGAGCAACCAAAGGAUAUAAAAUCUCAUCACGGUGAAACAAUUAUCGUAAAUUGUAAAGUAUCGGGUCACCCAAAACCCAGAAUUCAAUGGCGGAGACUCUCAGGUUCAUCAUGGAUAAAUUUUGUAUCGGAAGGCACAAGAAUUAAGAAUAUUGAAUUGGAAAAUGAUAAACUGAUAAUAACCAACGUUUCUCGGUCUGAUAAUGGAAGAUUUGGUUGUUCUGCCAUAAAUGGAAUCGAACCUAAUCUUUGGUCUGAGUUCGAAAUUUCAAUUGAAGGAUCACCUAAUUGGAUUUCAAAGCCUGUCGAUGUUAAAUCAACUUUGGGAGAUUCAUUAACUAUCCAAUGCUCAGCAUCAGGUUAUCCUAAACCGAUUAUCCAAUGGAAAAAAUUUCAAGGUUCAUGGAUUAAUUUAUCUUCCAAUGGAACUACAAAUGAAAAUGUCCAACAAUCAAGUGAAAAAUUGAUUCUAUCAAAUGCUUCUCGUGAUACUGGUGGUAGAUAUGGAUGUUCAGUAGCGAACGGAAUCAGACCCGAUCUUUGA